UUCCACACCCCUCACUCACUGCCACCACCUUAAACAACUCUCAUUCUUGCUUGCCCUCAUCUUCCUAGAAGUGACAAGAAGACACCUUUUCAUAAUACUAUGUGCAAGCAAAGAAAUUCUGGGUGAAGGAGAUUUUAUUAGAGGAAAAGUUGUUCACUCUUCUGAUUGUAGAUCUGAUCUUGAAAAACAUGGCAAUUGAAACUCAGUUGUAUCCCAGCAAUACAGGAUUUCCAUUUUGUGGAUCACAACAGCAAUUGGAUCCUGCUCUUGUUUUUCUUUCUACUCCCAAUGCCACCGAUAGAUAUAACAACAAUCAACCUUUAUCAAAUUCUUCUCAAAGAAUGACUAUUGAUUUUGAUGGACAGAGGGACCAGAUUGAUCAGUAUAUCAGAUCACAGAAUGAGAAAUUGAGAAUUUUGUUGCAAGAACAGAGAAAUCAACAAGUGUUCACGUUGCUGAAAACGAUGGAGUCAGAUGUGUCUUAUGUACUGAGCCAGAAGGAUGAACAAAUAGCUCAAGCAGCUAAGAAAAAGACUGAAUUAGAAGAGUUUUUGAUAAGAUUAGAGGCAGAGAAUCAAUUAUGGCGGAGAGUGGCUCAGGAAAACGAAGCAGUAGUCUUGUCACUGCACAACACCUUAGAACAAGUAAAAGAAAGAAAUCGGGGGCUGGUAGCAGAAGAUGCAGAGUCCUACUGUUGUGAUGAGAACAGAGGAAACAGGGUGAUGCAAGAAGGAACAGGGGAAACAGAGGAAAUAGGAAAAGAGACUACUGAACAGAUUACUAUGGUUUGCAAAUGCUGUCAUUCUCGAAGCUCGUGCUUUAUGUUCCUUCCUUGCAGGCAUCUUUGUUCAUGCAAAGCUUGUGAGCCUUUUCUCCAAGCCUGUCCUGUGUGCAAAAUGCCCAAGAAAACUAGCAUAGAAACUUUGAUUUUCUAGUCUCAUAUAUUGAGACAAGUAGAUAGAAAAUCUGUUGAUAAGAUAGCUAUAGGUCAUGAGCACGUUCAAUUUCAAUGGUUGUUAGCUAGGUUUUAUGCAUUUCAUUUUGCAAAAAUAUUUAUUCCCUUAGGUAUUUUAUCAGACGUUAAUUAUUGUUACAAUUUUUUUUAUCUCCAGCUUCAUUCGGUAGUAGUAUAUUUGAUGAAGAUGUGAUUACAAUCAAUGAUAAGAAGACAACAAUGCUGCCCAGCAAUACUUAUUUUAAAAUUUUCAGAUUAAACACUUCUUCCGUUA